AUGGUGUAUCCGCUGCCUGUCGUCUUGGCCGUGGCCAACAAGCACUGCUUCUAUGACCAAUCCAUCAAGUACCCCCUCCCCAUAGCUGCCGUCAAUGAAGUCGCACAGCAGACCGCAGACGACCAGCAGGCUGAGCAACUGUCCUCUUGGCCCCUUUUGCAUAAAAAGACACUGUACACGACCAUCGAGCGCCUCGUCAACGACACAAGCCCUGAAAACACCUAUCGGCAGUCCAGCUAUGUCAGCAUCACCGGCGGCGGCGGCGGCUCCACGCCGCUCUUCUUCGCAACCGACAGCACCGAGAACCGCCGGCAGCGCGCCGAGUUUGGCCGACUGAUCGCCAGCACCGGCGUGCUCAGCCGCCGCGACCUCGUCGUCACCAUGCACUCGGGCGGCGGCCUGUACCGAGCCCUUGACUUGACGCUCGAGGUCAUGGAGUGCGCCGGCGCCUGCGCCCUCGCCGCCGGCAGCCACAUGUCCGCGCCGCAGGUCGUCAACCUACUCGUCCGGUACCGCGCCAACGUGCUGUCCGGCGACAGCAGCCAAAUCAUCAACGUGGUCAACUACCUGUCCGCGCUGCCCGCCGAGGAGCGAGGCCAGGUCCGCCUGGACAAGCUCGUCUACACGUCCGAGGUGCUCACCGCCGCGCAGCGCGCCCUCGUCCGCGCCACGCUCGGCGAGGACGUGCGCGUCUGCUCGCUGCUUGCCAGCGCCGAGGCCGGCCCGUGGGCGGUCAGCAACCCGGGGCUCACCGGCGAGCGCACCGCCGCGUCGUCCGACUUCCUCUACGACACGCGCACCAUGACCGUCGAGGUCCUACCCAUGCUGGAGGAUGGCGGUGACGGCAAGCCGCUGCCGGACGGCGAGGCGGGCAUGAUCGUGCUCACGUCACUCAGCCGCCUGCGCAACCCGCUCGUGCGGUACGUCUGCGGGGACGUCGGCUCGCUGAGCGCCCUGCCGGAGGCAGCGGCCGCACAGCUGCCGGAGGCGGACCGCGCGCACGUGCGGGUACUUCGCCUCGAGGGCCGCGACCGUCGCUUCAGCUUCAGCUGGCAGGGCAACUACGUUGACUUUGCGAACGUGGCGGCCGUCGUCGAGGACCCGAUCUACGGUGUGCUACAGUGGCAGGUCGUCCUGGAGGACCGGCCGGUGGGUGGCAGCGGCUUGGAGCCGCACUUUGAGCUGCGCGUGCUGCUCGGCGCGGGGAGGGAGGCGAUACCCGUGGAGGAAAUGGCGGCGAGGGUCAGGGUCGUGGUUGCGCUGGAGGAGGCGGCGAGGCACAUGUUUGCGGUGGUGGUGGCGGAGAGUACGGAUGGGUUUGAGAAGAGCAAGACGGGGAACAAGGUCGUCAGGUUUAUUGACCGGCGGGAGUAG